AAAAAACAAAAUAAAUAUGCGGAAAGCCCUGUUGUCCCUAUCACAGGAAGCCACCAUAGAAAUAUAUUUAUUAACGAGCAAUCUUUUGUUUACUUUUCUCUCAUCCUCCUCGGAUUACGGCGAUCUUCACCACCACUCUCACCGCCGUUAUCGUCAAGAAAGAAGAAGAUGGAGCUAGACGUGGUGAAAGCAGAGUUAGUGUUGCCAACCCACCUCAGUUUCAAGCAGGUUCAAAUGUAUGAGAAGUACCCAAAAGGCCAAUCCAGAGGCAGACACUGGAAACAUCUCAAGCAGAUCCUUCAGGCUGAGAAUUACCAGAAUUUCCCUACUGACGAACCCACCUAUGUUAAUAUUGAGUCACCACCCUCUAUGCAUCCUUGCAAGAAAAUUUGUGAUAUAACAGGAUAUGAGGCGCCAUACUAUGACCCUAGGACCAAUCUCCGUUAUGCGAAUGCUGAUGUUUUCAAGCUCGUAAGAUCGCUUCCUAAUGAGUAUGUGCAAAGGUAUUUGGCUCUGAGAAACGCAGCAGUGGUCCUCAAGUAGAAUAGAGUAGGUUUUCUUAUUUGAAAUUAGCUCAGGAUCCUUUGUGCCGAUUGAUUUAAUCUGUAUAGAAGGACAUUAGAAUGGAGUUUAUUGUUUUCUGUUGUCACCAAGUCUAUGGAAUAAGUUUAUGCAUCUUCUUUGAUAA